UCAAUCAUCGUCAUCAUUGAACAUCAUGUUGAUCAAAUCGGACUUAUCGCACUGUUCACCUUCCAACCUUUGUGGCCCGUUCCAUCUCACUAAAGUGGGCAACACCCUCAACUUGGUCUUGGGGUCCUUGCGAAAGGGGCAUUCGGGAUCCUUCCAUUUCACGUUCUCCGACUUCCACUCGAAUGAACAGCGAAUUGGGAUCGGCGUUUUCCAAUUCCUUGUCGAUAACCGGCCAGGCUGAAAACGAACAGUUACAAUACGAAUCGAAUACAAUACAAUUCGAAUACCUCUUGCGCAAUAAGUACACCAGCUAGUUCCGUCCUCUUUUCGUAUGCUCGAGAACAGAACGUGCACCUUCUGGCCCUGGCUGUCCAGGUUUUUGAAGAACUGCUGGAACUGCUCGUAUCCUUGCACGACGUGUGUUUGCACCAUUUUAGAUCCGUACGCGCAAUAAUGUCGGAACAAUUGUUUCAGCAU